AUGAUUGCAACUGUCAGUAUUUUUCCAGUCGAGUGUCUCUGGUUUUGUGAUUUUGUUAGCAGUCACUCCUUUCUCAUUGGAAAAAAAUGCUGCCACAGCUUGAUUGAGAAGGGACUAACAUGACCAACCAGAUGUGAUCCUGGAGAAGAGUCUGAGAUUUCGUGGUUGGACAUGAUGGAAAAGGAUUUCAGAAUGAGCAGUGAGUUGGUGAGAGGAAAAUGAGUCAUGAGUUGGAUGGACAUAAGGUUACAGAUGGGAUGCAAUCUAGAACAUUCUGUUCUUUUGCAGCUGGAAGAACAAAAGACUUUUGCAGGAAAACAUGCAGAUAUCCAGCCAGAGUUUCCUGUUUAAUCAUGUCAUCCUGCAUUGUUGUUGCUGUUCUGCAAACCUGCAUUUAUAUUUUUACCAAUCAAAAGCCUCAAAAUCCAGAGGAAGCUGAUGGAGAAAAGAAGUCUGUUAGUCUUCUGACAUAUUCCAAACUGGAACUGCCAAAAUUGUUUAAUGGCGUAAUAAACUGCACAGCUAUAAUACAGGGUAAUGAAACUGAACUACAGAAAGCGAAGCAAUAUAAAAAUGCAAGUUUUAUACCUGAUCAUUCUGUUUUUAUAAAAAUGACAAAGAACUGUACAUACUUUUUACAAAUGAGGAAGUAUAUCACAUUUCCCCUGAUAGAGGAAGAUGAGGAUUUUCCUAUUGCAUAUUCUAUAGUUAUCCACCAGAGAAUCGAUAUGUUUGAACGAUUGUUGAGGAGUAUUUACAUGGCGCAGCACAUCUAUUGCAUUCAUGUUGACAGUAAGUCAGACAGCAGCUUUAAAGCAGCUGUACAAGCAAUCACCUCCUGCUUUCCGAAUGUAUUUAUUGCUACACGCUUGGAGGCAGUCACCUAUGCCUCAUGGUCAAGGGUCCAGGCUGAUCUCAACUGCAUGGAGGAACUUCUGAGGAGGCAUCUGACUUGGAAAUACUUUAUCAAUCUUUGUGGCAUGGACCUCCCUAUUGUGACCGAUCAUGAGUUAAUAGAACAGCUGAAGGCUCUAAAAGGCAGGAACAAUAUGGAGACCACAAAGGCCACUACCUUAAAAGAAAAGAGGUGGAAAUUUAAAUUUGUGGUUAAAGGUGGAAAGAUUUUCAAGACUAAUAUAACCAAAGACCCAAUACCCAUACUUUCCUCUCCAUUUGUAGGAAGUGCCUAUAUCAUCGUGAGCAGAAAGUUUGUAGAAUUUAUCUUCACUGAUCAAAAUGCAAAGAGUAUCAUUAAAUGGGCACAGGAUACUUACAGUCCUGAUGAGCUUAUAUGGGCAUCCUUACAGAGAUUGUCUGAAGCUCCUGGGUUUAUCCCAAUAAAUCACAUGUAUGAUGUUACAGAUGUGAAUGCAAAAGUGAGACUUGUGAAGUGGAGUUACCUAGAAGGGAAUGUUCACAAUGGCAGGCUCUACCCACCAUGCACUGGGAUCCAUCGCAGGGCUAUCUGCAUCUAUGGUGCUGGAGAUCUGCACUGGAUUUUGCACCAACAGCAUCUCUUUGCUAACAAGUUUGAUACAAAGGUGGAUCCUGUAGCAGUGUAUUGCCUAGAAGCACAUUUAAGGCAUAAAACUAUGUAUGAACAUUGAUAAGCCAACUAUCUUCUUAGUCCUUUAUUAUAAAGAUAAAAUAUUAAAUCAUGUCAAAUGCA